CCUCAUGUCGGAACCACAGCCUGGCCUGGAGCCGCCCCAACAUGGGCUGUACAUGCUCUUCCUGCUUGUGCUGGUCUUCUUCCUCAUGGGCCUUGUAGGCUUCAUGAUCUGCCACGUGCUCAAGAAGAAAGGUUACCGCUGCCGCACAUCUAGGGGCUCAGAGCCUGAUGAUGCCCAGCUCCAGCCCCCUGAAGACGAUGACGUGAAUGAGGACACGGUAGAGAGGAUUGUUCGCUGCAUCAUCCAAAAUGAAGCCAAUGCUGAGGCCUUGAAGGAGAUGCUAGGGGACAGUGAAGGAGAAGGGACAGUGCAGCUCUCCAGUGUGGAUGCCACCUCCAGCCUGCAGGACGGAGCCCCUUCCCAUCAUCACACAGUGCAUCUGGGCUCUGCAGCUCCUUGUAUUCACUGUAGCCGCAACAAGAGGCCCCCGCUUGUCCGUCAGGGUCGCUCUAAGGAAGGAAAAGGCCGCCCCAGGCCUGGAGAGACCACUGUAUUCUCAGUGGGCAGAUUCCGAGUGACACACAUUGAGAAACGCUAUGGCCUACAUGAACACCGUGAUGGUUCCCCUACAGACAGAAGCUGGGGCUCUGGUGGGGGGCAGGAACCAGGGGCCAGUCAGGUGGCUGGAGGAGGGCAGCCUAGGACAGGGACAGCUGCUAUUGAGAGGCUGCUCCCUGAGCCACCAUCCUCCCAGGCUGUAGCCACCCACUCAGUGCAGAAUGGAGGAAUCAAGGAUGAUAGCCUAGUCCCUAGUACACUUGAGGCAACUCCUGGAACCUCUGCAGAACUGACCUUGGGCACUAGAGGAAGAGGCCCAAGCCCAGGGCUGCCUCGUCAAGAGGCAAAUGGACAGCCAAACAAACUGGACACCUCAGGUCAGCAGGAGUCUCUACCACCAGAAGCAGGGGGUAUGUGAGGCAAGUCUCCCUGAGCUCGAGACCAGAUUCCUUGCUGGCGGUGGGGAGUGGGCUUAGAGGUCCUGCAGGAGUAAGAUACAAUCUGGAUAAUAGGAGGAUCAGAGCUUGAAGAGGAAGCAACACUGUUCCCCCCUCCUUUCUUCCAAGCCUCAGUCUUCACUGUGCUGAUGGAUUACCAGCAGGCAUUGCCAGGGUAUGGACAGCCAUGAAGGCUCUCCCCUCCACUGGACAGCCUGCUCCUCAGUUGAGGGACCAGCUCUACUUCUAUCUGGAGUGACAUGGUCCCAGGCUGAGGGACCUCAGGAGGAGCGCCUCCCAACUCCCAACCCCUCAUUCUUUUUCCUUUCCCUACCUGCCAACAGGUUGCCUGGCCUGCCUUCCCCAAAACCUCGCUCCACAUGCAGGAGUGUGGCAGCUGGGACCAGGCCCUGCCCGUGGUGGGACCCUAAAGCAAUAGCACCUUAGGCUCCCUGCCCUCUUGAUGCAAGAGGCCCAGGCCCUAGCUUGGACUUCAUGCCCUUUAUUCACUGUCAAUAAAUCUGCUCAGACCAUUA